AUGGCUGAUACAACUACUACUAACUACAAGGUGUCUGUAAUUGACGAAGGAGAGGAACAGUUGGAAGCUCUUGCCUCUGACCUGUGGAUUGGUAUUGCCUUGAUCCUCCUGAUACUCAGCUCUAUUGGCUGCCUCUGUUCCUGCCUCAUGUACCACAAGUUCCGUCAGUGGAAACGCCAUGACUUGAGACUGCCAAGCGGGUCAGAUAGCUCUUGCCAAAGACGCCAGUCAGUUGAGUCAUUACCGAGCUAUACGCUGGUCACUGGGUUACCUACCUAUGAGCAAGCUAUGUCCCAGCAGGUCAUCAUUUCCUGCUCCCCAACUAAGUCUUGA